AUGAAGAAGCUAAUAAAAGCUGAUAGGCAGCACUUCAGCAAGACUUUUACUUUACGUGGUAGAAUUGUAUGCAUGAUCAUGGACAUAACAUCACCUAAAUCUCCAAACGGAAGUGGCAAGGAUAAUGUCAUUGAGCGCUUCCUUCAUCUGGGGGUUGUGAGCUGCACAAUUGACAGCCUACAGAAUAAGUAUGUGAAUAUGAAGCAGGCACACCCACUGGUGGGAUCUGUUUGUGGCUUUUAUGAAAAGGGAGUCCAGACUGCUGGAACAUUAGCAGUAAGGAGCAUUCAGCCAGUGGUGAAGACGUUUGAGCACCAAAUCAGUGCUGCUAAUGAAAUUGCCUGUAAGGGCAUGGAUCACCUGGAGAGCAAGGUUCCUGCACUGCACUUCCCUCCAGACAAGAUUGCUUUUGAAUUGAAAGAAUCUAUCUCUGCAACAAUCCAACAUGCCAGAAGUGGCUUUGGCAGCCCUAUCACAAACACUUCAGACAAAGUCCUUGGCGUGGCGUCAGCUGGCUUUGGCAUCACUGUGAAUGCAAUGAAUGGCGCCAAAGAUUAUGCGUUUAGCAAAAGACUCAGUCAAAUGGCAACAGACACAGUAUAUGUGGUACUAUAUAAUAUGGAAAAGAUUGUUGAUUAUAUGUUGCCCCAGCAAGAGGAAUGUGAGAAACCUGACGGUAUGACUGUCCAGUCUUACGAAUCACUGUCCCUGCCUCCGAGUGGUUUGUUACCUAGGAUUGGAGCACUGGCAAGCAGAGUAUUUCAGCACACCACUCAGUGGACUUAUAAGACCAUUGAAGAUGCCAGAAACAAAGGACAAAACUGGCUGCCUGGUAGCGUGGCUUUGUCCAAGGAACCGCAAAGCCUUCUUGUAUCAGUGACACGGAAUCUUCAAAGUGUUUAUCUUUCUGCUGUAAGCAGUGUUAAGAAAACUCCUUCUGCAGUGUGGGAGACUGCAAGAGGUCUGCUCCUCAACGUACCAUGGCAGGGGCUCUCAUUUGCCAAGGACACACUUGCCACAAUAGGAGGAACACUGUUACAGUUCAAGGAUAAAGUGCUUCCCAAUCAAAAGGUAAAAGAGAAGACAAGGAAAAAGAAAACAACAGAAAAAAAGGAACAAGAAGCCCCCCGUGAUAGUGUAAGGCAGGAAAAGUCAGUGUCCUUCACAGCCGAUAAAACUCUUAAGCAGAGGGAAAAACACAUUAGUCUGGAGAGUAAGGAUCCAGCUGUCGCAGCAGCUCAGCAAUUAUUGGAUGCAGCCCUUUGUAAGCAAGGAACCAAUGUGAAAGCUUCCCCAAGUCCAGCAAAUGACAACUUCUACACCACAGCUUCCAAAACUGACUGACUGUGGGUACAUGGCCUUUAUUUGAAAACAAGGGGAUUCUGGGAAAUAAGCAAGUAUCCUAUUCUGUCAAAACCCAGGCAUUUUGUACAACAGUUUAGGAAUCUUUUACAGCAUAAUGUGUCUAUAAUGUGUUGUAUAGCACUUCAUAUUCUAGGCUACUCAUGGAACAUUUCUGUUCUUUGUGAGCUGUGGAAACUUCCACAUAAAUGUAACUCAGAAGAUAGCUCUGAUAAACUGGUAGAUUAAAUCUAUGUUAAAAUGUAAAAAUACAAGUGUGGGAUAUGUUAUCCAGAAACCCAUUAUCCAAAAAGUUCCAAAAUAUGGGAAGCCAUCUCCAACAAAGCCUAUUUUAAGCAAAUAACUCCAAUUUGAAAAUAUAAUAAUAAAACAGUAGCUUGUGCUUGAUCUCAACUAAGAUAUAAUUAAUCCUUAUUGGAGACAAAAAUAGUUAAAUUGGGUUUAUUUAAUGUUAAAAUGGUUUUUAGUAGACUUAUAAUAUGGUGAUCCAAACUACAGAAAAACCCCUUAUCUGGUAAGGUGCAGACUUCUUUAUCAUGAUAUGGAUGUCCCCACCAAUCUCUGUAUUCUGUUCAACAGCUUUCCUAGGAAUUCUGGAUGAAUUUACUACUUCUAGUUACGCUAGAAAUAGAUUCCGUUCAGUGCGGUACUAUGCUAAGAAAAAACUCUCAAGUCUUCUUUUGUAUAUCUGCCUUAAGUUUCGUUGACCUGAAUUUUAUUUUGUUAUUAAAACAAAAAGGAAAUAAAAAUGUACCAUUAACAACAA